AUGCUAUGCUUCAAGGGAAGCAAAGGCUACAAGGUGGUACCAAAAAAGAAGAAGGUCAAGGCAGCGACUUCAACUUCAACUUCGACUAAUCAGACAUCUGCCCCGAGAACCAGAAAUGGCACUGGCACUGGCACUGCCGCUGUGACUCAGCCCACGAAUAGAGUGGCUGCAAAAAGUACCCGUCCUUCCCCUGAUCGAUCUAGGAAUCCUCCAUACUCAAAUUCUCGCGCUUCUCCCUCUCGAAGACACAACUCUGAGCAAGGCCCUCCUAUUCAACCGCCUCGCCAACAGUCCAAAGUUGCGCGCACCAACAACAUGGCCUCCCAAAAUGGCAUCUUCUAUGGGCGAGUGGACUCAGCCAUUACGAGUGGUUUUGAAGACGAUGAGAGUGCUACUGCAGUGCAAAAUCCAACGAGCAAAUCUCAAGGUUCAUCAUCAAGCAACACGGCUCAGUCUCAAGCGUACGAUACAACUCCUGCAUCUUCAACACAAGCCCCUUUUCGCUAUCAACGUCCUUCUUUUCUCGACGACUUUGACUUUACUGCAGAAUCUCGUCGCGAUUUAGUUGUCGCUCAUGGGGUUACUUCUGCUUUGUCGCCUCGACAAGGCUAUCAUCCUACCCCAGCGUCUAUCCUAAACUUUGCAGACUUCGACCUUGAGAAUACAGACACUAAGAUUUCCGAUAUCAGACACGACAGAAUUCCAUCCCAUGAACGACCUAUAAUUAACACCGCCGUCGCCGCCGCCGCUUCAUCUUCAUCUUCGUCCUCUGCUAGCCCGUACGUUGAUCUGCCCGAGUCACUAGACAGUGAUGCUACAACAACAAGGGCAAUAGACAGACGAGAGUGUAUUGUCUGUAGCGACAUCAAAGCUACAGAUUCUUUUCCAGAUUUCGUCACUUCAAAAUGCACGCACACCCCUUCUAUAUGUUUGGAUUGCAUGGAGCGAUCGAUCCAAGUGGGCAUGAAAAGUAAACGCUGGACCGAUAUCAGAUGUGACGAGUGCCAAGAAAAUCUAGAAUAUAACGACAUUCAGCGCUUUGCCGAUGAACAGACAAUUGCCAAAUACGAAAGACAGGCGCUCCGAGCUGCUGUGGAAGAAGAUGAGAACUUCUUCUGGUGUACCUCUGAUUGCGGCUCUGGGCAGAUCCAUGACUCUGGGUCUGCUCAGCCCAUCGUCGUUUGCAUUAAAUGCAGCCAUCGCUCAUGUUUUCGCCACGGAGUCAACUGGCAUGAAGAUUUAUCUUGCGAGGAGUAUGAUCGGCUUCAAGAAGAUCCGGAUUUCCGUGGCCACUUGGAGCUUGAAAAUGAAAGGUGGUCGAAGGCUCAAGCAGCUCAAGCAGCUCAAGAAGAGGCAGAUCGGGACCUCGCUCGCAGGUUCGUCGCCAAAGAAAAGGCUAAAAUUAAGCACCAAGAGGCGCAGGAUCAGAGAGAGAGAGAGCGAGAGCGAGAGAGACAGAAGAGUCAACGAGAACGAGAACGAGAGAGACAGAAGUAUCAAGAGAGGCGACGAGAGCUAGAGCGAGAGAAGCAGGAGAGGCAACGAGUACGGGUACGAGAGAGACAGAAGAAUCAGGAAAGGCAACGAGAGCUAGAGCGAGAAAGACAGGAGAGGCAACGAGCUCUUCGCGAAAAAGCAUCGGCUCAGAAGGCAGCAGAAGAAAGGCGCCAAAUUGCAGCCAGAAGAAAAAUAGAAGAGGCGAAGAGCAUUGCCACAUUGAGAGCCACAACAAAACCAUGUGGAGGAUGCGGAUGGGCUAUCGAGAAGAAUUCCGGCUGUUCACAUAUGACGUGUCGGAAAUGCAAUUACCAAUUCUGUUGGACCUGCGGCAAGCCAUGGAGCAGAACACACUUGUGUCUUGGCUUUUUCUAGCGUUCAAACUGAUUAAAUUGAGUAGUGCCAAUGGGUCUGCACCA